AGAGGGAAAUUUUAAGGGUAGCAAUAGAGAUAAUGUACCAACAAUGUCUCCAGGAAGUGUACAAGUUGCAGCAGAAAGGGUUUCUGGUAACUCCACUAGAAUGGUGACAAGAAAGCAUAGCAGGAAAUCAGCUGCUGAGACAGAAGAUAGCAUCGUUACUCCUAAUUUGGCUAAUGGUAAAGUUACCGCAUCAUGUGCAUUGACCGAAUACCUUCCUGAGAAAGCUUUGUCAUGUGAGGUUCUUCCAAAUGUUCAGCUGCCAGAAUGCUGUAAAGGCGUAAGUGCAAAUGCCACUGAUUAUGGAACUUGUCUGUUUGAAGUUCUUAUCGAGUGCUUAGUGGGCAUGAAAAUGUCUGCCAUUAGUCAAACUGAUGGACUAUGCAUUUCAGCUCUGCAUCAAUCAAGUGGUUACACUUUCAGCUUAACGUGGAUAAAAAAAAAUGGGCGUAGAGGAAGCAGAGCUGGUGUACCGGGUAUUGUUGUUAGGGACAUUCGAGAGAGUGGCGCCAGAGUGGAUACGGGAUGUCAUUAUGUUCAGCACAAAUAUGUGCCCCGUUUUCUUGGAGAGAUUAGCUCGUGUAAUCAGGUUGCAUUGUUAACCGGUAAACUCUCUGUUUUGAAAAUCGGAUCGGACCAGCCGGUUCAACUGGGAACCGUUGCUUAG